UUGAGAGCUGUCGCAUACAGAUGAGUUGGCAGCCAGUCUGAGCUGACCCUCAGACUCGUAAAAACCUACAGGGCCUCAGCACCCUCACCCGGGAUAUCCUAACUCUUGGACGAGAGGUGCAAGACGGCUCCAAGCAGCCAUCAAGGACGCGGCUACUUUCUUGGGGACCAAGAAAUUGAGUUUUUGUCUCUGCACUUAACUCUGGCAAUCCAUGAGGCUUGGUCCGUUGCGUUGGGGAAGUGGCUGUGUACAAACGCCGGGCAGCCGUGGAGCUGGAACCCGGGGCUGACCCAGGGCUACGCGUUUCACGGCCGGAGACUCUGGGGCGCCUGCACGCACUCUCCAGAUCAGAGCGUUGACAGAAAGAAUGUUCAAACACCUUCGGAAAUGGUUCAUUGCUCACUUUUUUGGGCAUUCUCGGCAAAGAGCAAGGCUGGUCUCCAAAGACGGAAGGUGCAACAUAGAGUUUGGCAAUGUGGAGGCACAAUCAAGGUUUAUAUUCUUUGUGGACAUCUGGACAACUGUGCUUGACCUCAAAUGGAGAUACAAAAUGACCAUCUUCAUUACAACCUUCUUGGGGAGCUGGUUCCUCUUUGGUCUCCUGUGGUACGCUGUGGCGUACAUUCACAAAGAUCUCCCCGAGUUCCAUCCUUCUGUCAACCACACCCCUUGUGUGGAGAACAUCAAUGGCCUGACCUCAGCUUUUCUGUUUUCUCUGGAAACCCAGGUGACCAUUGGGUACGGAUUCAGGUGUGUGACAGAACAAUGUGGCACUGCCAUUUUCCUCCUGAUCUCCCAGUCUAUAAUUGGGGUCAUCAUCAAUUCUUUCAUGUGCGGCGCCAUUUUAGCCAAGAUCUCCAGACCCAAAAAACGUGCCAAGACCAUCACAUUCAGCAAGAACGCAGUGAUCAGCAAGCGGGGCGGGAAGCUUUGUCUCCUAAUCCGAGUGGCUAAUCUUAGGAAGAGCCUCCUUAUUGGGAGUCACAUAUAUGGAAAACUCCUGAAGACCACAGUCACUCCUGAAGGAGAGACCAUUAUUCUGGACCAGACAAAUAUCAACUUUGUAGUUGAUGCAGGGAAUGAAAACUUAUUCUUCAUCUCCCCAUUGACAAUUUACCAUGUCAUUGAUCAAAACAGCCCCUUCUUCCACAUGGCAGCAGAGACCCUUCUCCAGCAAGACUUUGAAUUAGUGGUGUUUCUAGAUGGUACAGUGGAAUCAACUAGUGCUACCUGCCAAGUCCGGACGUCCUAUGUCCCGGAAGAGGUGCUCUGGGGCUACCGUUUUGCUCCCAUAGUAUCCAAGACUAAGGAAGGGAAAUACCGAGUGGAUUUCCAUAACUUUAGCAAGACUGUGGAGGUGGAGACCCCUCAUUGUGCCUUAUGCCUUUAUAAUGAGAAAGAUGCCAGAGCCAGGCUAAAGAGAGGCUAUGACAAUCCCAACUUCAUCUUGUCAGAAGUCAAUGAAACAGAUGACACCAAAAUGUGACAGUGGCUUUUCAACAGGAGUAAAGCAAAGUCGUGAAGAUACCUAGUGACUAGAACUAUUAGGAAGCAAUCGACAGUUUGAGGGUAUGAAAUUAGGACAAGAGCCUUCAAUGUCUAUCAGGACCAUGCCCCUGAACCCAACAGCCACCAUCUUACAAGACACAUAGCUCUACAAGGCAACUGCAUCGGAACAUGCAAUAUUCUCAUAGGAAAUGGCAGUAUGGAAGCCAUAGGAGUUGACUUGGAAUCUUGAAUAUGAUUAUUUCAAAUCAUGCAGUGUUGAUAGAAACAGACAAAAUCAUCAAAAUUUCACAACAGGCCAAAUGAGAUCCUACAAGUCUCCUUGAAGAUGUUAUGAGCUUCAGAUAGGGUCAGGGAAAAACCAUGUUCCCAUUUUGAUUAUAUUGAUGAUAAAUAAGGCACUUUUGUUGUAACACUGGCUUUUAUCAAGGGAAAAAUGGACUCCCUUGGAGGUCAUUUGGUUGGAGGAGAUGAACUAAUUAGAGACGAUAAGAAAAGACUGGUACUCCAAGAACAUCUUGUAAGGCCCGGAGCUUCUCCAGUUCUGGUUGUUGGAGCUUUAUCUUAGUCUAGGUCAUGCUGUAUCUCCUGAAUAGCAAGGGAAGGCUCAGGCCAUGGACUCUGCAUCUCUACAUAUGUGAUGUGGAGAGGAACAGUGAGCUCAACCUGCUUUUAUGGCACAUCCAGACCCUACAGCUCAGAGUUGGGUUUUGGCCCAAUUAAUGUCACGUGGUUACAUUUAGACAGGGGCUAAAUCACCACUCUAACAUCUCAAUGAACACUUCCUGAGGAAAGAAUGCUUGAUUUGGAAAUGGUGGUGAUAUUUCUUCCAAUUUGUGUUAGGCGGGAUAAGGAGCUACAAAUUAGUUAAAAGAAUAUGUCCCGAUCUUCCAGGAAGGCAGCCAAGAGUUAAAGGUGUAAUGUCAGUUUAGCAGGGCCAGUACUGCCAGUGCUUCUGAAAAAGAAAGUAUCUUGUGUUUUUCUGCCUUGAGUUUAUAACCGAAAUGCUGUUUCUAAAGGAGCAGUGUGGGAAGGAAAGGGAUGGUCUGUGGCCCCACAGAGAGGAAAACGCAAGGUAUGCCUUUCUCUGAGGCCCAACACCACAUCUUCCUCAAAAGGGAAGGACUGAUCUUUAGAGAAGGGUUUUACCAUGAAUGUCUCUUUUCAGUUCUUCACCUACAUUAUUUUGAAUCUAUUCUGGAAGGAAUGGGACUCAAAGCUGCUUAGGAAUCAAAAUGUUGUCAGUGUGUUGAUUAAUAUAUUAAAUCUCUGAAGCUGUGCAUGAGCUUUCCAAAAGUGUCAGUUAUUGCACAUUAAUUGUAAGAGACCAUCAGGUGACAACUCCCUUGCUGAGGAUAGACUUUCUCCGGGGUGAAGUAGAAGGGGUAGGAAGAUAGCAAAUGUGACCAUAUGGUGUCUCAACACCAGCUUACCCUGGGGGAACUGACCUUGUCGUUACAGACAUGCCUUAGCCCUUGUCACUCCAUCAAAUCACUCCAGGGUGUCUUGGCACAUAAGAUGGCAGCUGCAGUAGUUUUCACUAAGGAAGGUUCUGUGUUCCCAGGCGUGGGGACGAGUUUGUUCAGAUUCAUCCACAUGGUCGGGUCCUUCUGACCUCACCUAGUAAGGAGUCUGAUGGGCUAAGAGUUGUGCACUUUGUCAGUGGCCAUAACAUUGGACAUGACUGGCCUACACGGGAGAUGACUCUGUGCCUCUAAGUGUCCCUGCACCGCAAAUUGAUCUAUUGACAAAGCUAGAGGAAAUGAGGUAUGACAAGCUCGAGGAAGCCAGAAUUCUCUACUGACCCACUGUCAUGAGGUUUUAUGACUCUGUAGUCCCUUCAUAAACUGGGGAGUCAGGACACAUUCCUUCUGGUCUGUUCUGCUCGUUAACAGCAUGCUCUGGGAUUGCUGGAAGUGAAAGGAUCUUAUGAAAUCUACUCCUUUUGAUUGUUAAGAUUGCUGAUCAACCAGAAUCUUUGUUAUUGGCAUCUCUUUCUGGGUUACUCGGUGGAAAUCUGCACCUUCAAAUAUUCCUUUGUUGGGAUUAAGGCACUCUGCUACCUGGAGUCUCUUUCUUAAUGUAAUUCCCAUUGAACCUUUAGCAACCAUUAAUAUACUUACAUCCAAUAAAGCCCUGAGGAAA